ACGCAGCCAUGGUACGCGACUUUGCUGCAGCUGUUGGUCGAUUUCCCCAUGCUUCUGCCCACAUUCGACUGCCUGCUACUCUCACCCUCGGGCCAUCCACACCCACUGGUACUAUCCCGCCACCUGCGCCUCGCCGCAUGGCCUAUCUCCAGCAGCGCUUCAAUGCAGCAGGACUUUCUCCACAGGUCGUGCGACUCCUCUCCUCCUCUUGGCGGUCAUCAACCAAUGCCGCUUACGCAUCGGCAUGGGAGCAGUGGCUGGGCUGGUGCAGUCAACGGUCAGUGGAUCCCGUUCGCCCAUCUUUAGCUAUGGUGCUCCAGUUCCUGGCCGAUUCCUUUGAGGACGGCCGCAGCUACAGUACCCUGAAUGUCUAUCGGUCAGCGAUGUCUGCUACCCUGCCUGAGCUGGAUGGUGCACCCAUUGGCCAGCACCCGUUGGUGGUGCGUUUGCUCCGUGGUAUCUGCCUAGAGCGUCCGCCGCAGCCGCGGUACUCACAUACUUGGGAUGUGGGUAUUGUCACUUCUUGGCUCUCUAAACUGCCUGCCAACACGGACCUGUCUCUCCCUGUCUUGUCUGGCAAGUUGGCCAUUCUGAUGGCCUUGACUGCUGCUCGGCGCUCUUCGGACCUCCACCGGCUAAGCCUCAACUCUCAUCGUUUCUCUGCCGAGGGCGUGGUGUUUGACUAUCUCACACCCCCUAAGCAGCAUCGCCCUGGUUCGGAACCAGCCCGACCUGUCACCUUUGCUGCCUUUCCUGUGACUCCUGCACUCUGUGUUGUGGAGUGCUUCAGGGAGUACUUGCGUCGGACCGCCGACCUGCGGCAGGCAUCUUCUGCACAUCUGUUCCUCAGCACAAAGCGUCCGCACCACCCUGUCACCUCUGCAACGAUUGCUCGUUGGAUCAAGCAGGUUAUGUCCAAGGCUGGUGUGGAUACAUCAUUGUUUGGUGCCCAUUCCACUCGUGCCGCUUCUACGUCUGCUGCGAAGCGUAAAGGUAUGUCGACAGUGGACAUCAUGAAAUGUGCUGACUGGAGUUGCGCAUCCGUGUUCCAGCGCUUCUAUUUCAAGCCGUGGGAGGGUGAGACCAGCGACUCUUCCCCAUCGGCACAUCAGCAGUUCUGCCGCUCCGUGCUUGCGCCGUAG